CGCCCCCCGGGGGGGCCCAGCCCUCGCCCAGCGCCGCCGCCAAGGCCUCCCUCUUCGCCUCGCAGGAGCGGUUCUUCCAGGAGCUCUUCGAGGGGGAGCUGGCGUCGCAGGCGGCCGCCGAGUUCGAGCAGGCCAUGCAGGAGCUGGCCCGGGAGGAGCCGCUCCUGGUGCAGCAGUUCCAGAAGCUCUCGGAGGCCGCCGGCAGAGUGGGCGGUGACGCCGCGUCGCAGCAGGAAUUCACCUCCUGCCUGAAGGAGACGCUGAGCGGCCUGGCCAAGAACGCCACUGACCUGCAGAGCUCUUCGGCCUCGGAGGAGGAGCUGGCGAAGGCGCUGGAGGGCCUGGGGCUGGAGGAGGGCGAUGGCGAGGGCAGCGUCCUGCCCGUCAUGCGCAGCAUCAUGCAGAGCCUGCUCUCCAAGGACGUGCUCUACCCCUCGCUCAAGGAGAUCACCGAGAAGUACCCGGAGUGGCUGCAGCGGCACGGGCAGGCGCUGCCGGCCGAGCAGUACGAGCGGUACCGGGCGCAGCACGGUGUCAUGGGCCGCAUCUGCCAGCAGCUGGAGGACGAGCGGCCGGGCGAGGGAGAGGAGGAGCGGCGGGCGCGCUUCGAGACCCUCCUCGACCUCAUGCAGCAGUGACACCCUGAGCCCCUG